AUGCCUCGCAACAGCGGCCCACGCAAGCCCACCUUGAAGCAGCUGGCCAAGCAGAAGGCGAAGGACGAGAAGACCCGUUUGCGCAACGAGGCGUCGUUCGCAUCCGCAGUACAAAACUCGAAAAGUACUAUAUUGGACGUGGAUCUGAGGUUCAUCAAUGACACGCUGAACAACAAUCCUACCUGGAUCAGCCCCCUCGCCGGACUGAUUCGCUCGGGCUCCCUCAAUGGGCUUCUGAAGGACGUUGCUCGGAAGGACGAAACCGGUGGACUACGAUGGAAGGGCAAGGCCCACAAGUGGGGUCAGUUGCCGGUCGAGAUGUGCGUGCUCAUGCUGCAGAAUUGUGGUGUUGAGCUCACGCAGGACAUUUCGGAGGACGAAGACGUAGUUCGCGUUCUGUUUGAGUCGCAGUUCUGGGUUGCAGCAGGAACACCUCUGCCCAACCGGUCGGACAUUCGCUUUCAGUCCACGUUGGCCAAGUUAGCGAAGGCCCGGUUGGACGAGGUUAAGCGGAACUACGUGGCAGCACUCAACUCGACGGACUCUCUGACGUGUGACACCUCGAGGUACGAGAUCUGGUCUCUCGACUCGCCGUCCAACGUCCUCACCUGCCAUUGCUUUGGCAGGACUUCGCGGGGCGGACUAGCGCAGGACUUCGUCGUGGGCAAGUCCAAGCUGACUUGCGAGCUCCCUGUUCUUCCCGAAAAACGGGAAUGGCAGCUCAGCAAUAAAUUCGCGGUGGACUGUAUAGUUUCCGAUGGACGGACUAACUCGUUGUUCCACUUCGAAUGUGCUAGCUUUUUUCCUGGUUUGCCGGACUUCAAGAAGAAGUGGGAGUACCAACUGUCGGACGGAGACUCGACGGAGAAGCUGCAGGAGGAGGUCCAGUCGCACUUCCUCCAGAGUUCUUAUUCCCAAAAGAAACAGGAAGAGCAUCUUGCAGCCCAGACUAGGAAACGCAAGGCAACUUCGCAGGACAUCCCGGCGGGCAACGAGGAUCAGGACGCAUCCGACAUGGACAUGGAGCAGAGCACGGGUGGCAUGACAGAUCAGGCUGAUGUGGCAGGACCUCUCGACACUGUCAGACCAGGCUGUACGGAGUUUGCCACGUCGACCUUUGCAAUGCUUGCACUUUUGCAUCAUUGGCAGCAGGGCACACGGAAAGAUGCCAAGUGGAACAAGCCGCUAACGGACGUAAGCAAUGUCGCCGGUCAGUUGUUGCAGAGCAUGGCUUCCUUGUUUUUGACCGAGGAGCAAAGCUUCACUUUCUGGUGGGACGACAGAAGACUAACCCUUACAUUCGCGGGAGGUUCGCUGGACGUUGAGACAGUGACAAAGGAGUGGACGUCCCUCGAGAAGACACUGUCGAAGGACCGAUCGGGCUUUCUGCAGGUGCUGGAGGAUGUUUCUUAUGAUUGCACAAGGCGGACAAUUGGGGAGAAGCGCAAAGAAGGCAGCCUGAGGCUCAAAUGCCACAUGCUGGAGGCUCUGGCACAAGCGGUGGACUCGUCGGACAACACCCAUUCUUGCUGGUCUUCCUUGAAUCUGAAGCAGAUCAUGCAGCUGAGGAGUGCCGCUGGAUAUCGUAAGUCGUCGUCGUCUUUCCGACAAGACGUGGCCGUGUCAUCUAAUGCCACCCGCAGAACACUCACAGCGACAUUGCAGGGACACGCUUUCAGCGUCGUGGACACCCCGCAGGACGACGAGGAGAAGAAGAUCAAGAAGAUGGUCUCCAAUGAUGCACAUAGGCUAGCCCGUAUGGAGCGAUAUGCCUAUGUCCAACACGGCAAGUCGCAGUUCCAAUCGACGGACAUUCUUUGUGUGGUCGCGGAUGCAGUGCACGUUGGCAGUGAGGAUUGGCUGAACGUCAUGCUCUACAACCACACGACGGACAAAGUUUGGGUAUGCCCGCCGCAGGCUGGCCUCCAACCAGAAGUCUUUGGUUUCCUUUUGGUCAUGAGUAGGUACGCCGUCCAGCAAGACAGCACUUUGACGAGGGAGCAGUGGCAAGCCAUGUGGAGCAAAAGUGGCAACAAAUUUUUCGGCCAAGAGCACUUUGUCGUGGAGGGUGAUAGACCGGAGGAGCUGGAACGACAGGCCACUUUAACGUGGAUGCAGGACAUGAACCAUGCAUUGCAGGCCGUUGGCUGGACAUUUGGCAAGUGUCAGCACCAAGCCCCGCAGGACGAAAUCACGACGGACAAGCCGCAGAGACGACGUGCACCCAUCAUGGUUCUUUGUACGGACCAGGAGGCCACACAACUGGCAGCGUCACACAACGACGUGGCCUUGGCCUUGUCGGGCGCCGGACUCUUGAAGUUCUCCACGUGGUGCAUCUCGCUGUACAACCUGAGGUACGGGCCCUGGCAAAAGGGCAGCUGGGCGAAAAAGAUUCAGCGAGCCGCAGACCACAUGAAGGAGAACAUGGACUCGUCGGACCCUAUAUUGCUCCUCUUCUUCCCGGACAUUUUGUCGGACAUGGGCCUCUCCCCGUUGGACAACAACACGGAGGAGGCACGCAGGACGUUCCUGCAGACACUACCCGAGAAGGACUGCAUCCGCAUCAAAGGCACCAAGGCCAGCAAGAGUCGCUUCAAUUCUUUGACGACGGCCCACGCUGCACUGGACAAAGAGUGGUCGGUUUUGGCGUUAGUUCUCACGGUGGUCUGUCUCGAACACAAAUGGACGGUUUCCACGAAGGACCUCUUCUCGCCGGACAACAAUAUGGCCCGUGCCUCCGACCCACAUGGUGGAAGCAAGACUUCUGCACGGAAGGAGGCAAAAGAGGGCAUGGACACGGAGCGGCAGGGCAGUGCCAAUAGCCUACACAUGAUGACGAAGUUCAUGAUCUCGCAGGACAACAAGACGACGGCCCGACUCAUGUUCCAAGUCUUGCAACCUGAAGAGCUUCGCUGUUCCCUAAUGCUGAAGCAGCUGCGUUCCAAGAACAUGACGCUGGAGUACUACGCUGGCUGGGCACAUUGGUCUUGGAUAAGCACUGCCAAAGACCAUCUGCGGACCUGGUCGGACUUGGAAGCCUUGUCUCGUCUCGGACUGGACUUGACAGUCGCGCGUAGUCUGCCUGCAGACGAACCGGAGCUUUUGUGGCAGGACACACUCGCUGAGCAAAUGACUCGGUUGACACAUCAGGUGCUGCGGCUGCGAGCUGGCGCACAGCUAUACCACACAGGUGGUUUUGGUGCUACCGCAGGACUAGUCCAUGGAAAUGAUGCGUUCCGACGGUCUAGCUUGGGUUUUUUUAAGGAGAUCGACUCUUGCAUCAAGGACACAGUCACCGGUGGUUCCCGCAUGGCUAAAAAAUUACUCGAAGGUCAUUUCUCCCAAGGCCAGGUCUGUCAGUACAUCCUCGCAGAGCUUUCCGCCCAGAGAUUUCAGCACAUCAGUGACGACCUCCAGCAUGUUUUGACGAACAUCUGGUCUGGACUUCUGAACACAAAGAUCAUCGAGGAUUGCAAUAAAGUGCAGAGGGAGGCCGAGCAGCGACAUCGUUCCUCCAAGGACUUGGGUCGCUUGGACGGUUGGAAGGCUGUGACCCAAGCAAAAGUCAUCGCGAUGUACGAGAGGGUCGAGGCACAAACCAGAGAACUCUGCCACACUCCCACCUCUUUCGACCCGAACAGCCUCUUCACGAAGACUGCCGAGAAGAAAGUCUUACAACGAGCCCGUCGUUCCACCUCGUCGGUCAGCUCGCAGGUCAGUGCCUCCGAGGUGGCGGAGGCACAGCUUCUUGGAGAUGUGACAAAGCGCAGGGACUGGGUCUCCCAUAACCAUGUCGAGGAACAAGAGGUUCUGGCUGCUUUCAGUUUACUGAUGAAAGCAUGGAGGGCUAAGCGAUGGGCACUCUGUGAGGACGGCUGGUGCUCUGGACUCCUACCCGAAGGACAUGUCGUCGUUGUUUCUGACAACCCGUUGUACAUCGUUCGGACAUAUCGCUUGGCUGCACUGGCAUGGCCUGGCAAGAUCAUCAAGGACAAGGAUCAUGAAUUUUUCCAAUUCCACAUGGAUGUUCCAUCUUUAUAUUGGUUGCAUAGCACGUCAGUGGAAAUG